AUGGAUUACAACGAGCAUGCAGAUGAUAAUUACAAUCAGGAAGCGUAUCCGACGCUUUCAGGAUUCAGUUUCACGGGAAUCCACGGACAAGGAGUGCGAGUGCCGGUCCAGAUCCAUGGGAGCGAGCAGAUUCCGGUGAGGAAUGUGACGUUUCGGGAUAUGUCCGUUGGGUUAACGUACAAGAAGAAGCAUAUAUUUCAAUGUUCGUUCGUGAAAGGACGAGUCUAUGGUUCUAUAUCCCCACGACCUUGCGAGAAUUUUGAUUUGUACGACGAGGAAGGUCGUCUUGUUAAGCCUGCUACUGAGUCUAAUGUGACGGACAUUGACUACGACAUUUGA